AUGAGGUAUGUUGCCUGGGCUUCGGGCAAGACUGCGAUAGUUUUUCCUGCCGCUGAGCCUCUUGUGUAUGCUUACUUCGAUGAUGUGAAGGACAAAGCUGCACCGACUUCCUUGAAGAGUGUUCUCUCCGCUUUUGCCUUCGCAAAGUAUGUUGUGGGCUUGAAGGGUGUUGAUGAGAUUUUGGAGUCGGGUCGUGUUCGGGGCCUGGCAGCUCGGCUUUUCUUGCAGAAGAGGAAGCUCCUUCAACGAAACCCCUUGAAAGUCGAACAUGUUGCGCUGCUUGAGAGAAUUUGCUGUGGUCUUGAAGGGAGGUCCCUGCAAGAUAGGAUGGCAGCGGGCUUUUUCCUUUUCCUAGUGCACGCGAGAGCCAGAUUCUCCGAUGCCCAGCGUGUGUGCAAGCUCCUUUUUGUGCGCCUGAUCAGCAUAUCUCGAGGUCCACGUUUCGAGGAGCAAGACCAGCUUCUCCCUCGAGAGGAAGGUUGGUUCUUGCCGAUGGCAGCUUGUGCUUUGGGUCUGUUGGGUCUCAGGUGGGCCGAUGCUUGGAUCGAUGUCAUGGAAGAAUGUGAUUCGAUCCACGAGGAUUUGCCCCUCCUGCCGUGUCCGGGUUCCAACGGGACCUGGAGGAAUGUGUCUCUGCCGUGUGACCAGGCUUGUGUGUGGCUCAGGAGCCUGCUUGCCCAGGGAGUGGGCCCCGAUGAGUACUUGAACAAUGUGGGUUCGCAUUCGUGCAAAAGAACAAUCCUCUCUUGGGCCAGCAAACGUGGUCUGCCAAGGGACCAAAGGGCCAUCUCAGGCUAUCAUACUUCGAAGUCUGCCGGUGUGGGCACGGAGCUCAUCUAUGAAGUCGAUGCUCAGUCGGCCCCCCUCAGGGCCAUGGCGUCGAUGCUGCGUGAGGUCCGCUCUGGGAAGUUCAUGCCUGACAACCCCAGAGGGCAACAGCUGGCAGAGGAAUGUGAGAGGUCCGAUGAGGAGGAUCCACCUCACUCCGAGGAUGAUAUGGCGUCGUCUUCGGGCUCCUCGGUCGACGAAGAAGAACGUGACCACUCAGAAGAUGAGCAGGCCGUCGCCAGGACUAUGGAGAGGUGGCCGGGCAGAGUGGAUGAGCGGCGGCUGCCAGGUGAUGCAACGUACUUCAGGCACCGCCAGUCGAGAGUCAUCCACCUAACCGCUGAUGAAGCAGGAGCACAUUUGAUAUGUGGAAGGGCGUUGUCUGUACAGUAUGGGCGAUGCCAUGAGCGACCUGCAGUUUUGCAUCCUAGGUGUAAGCAAUGCUUUAGAGCAUAUGUGGCUUGA